UUUGAUCUUUUCCUUGCUUCAUGGUUUUUGUUGUCAUUGCAUAUUCACAUUCCUAUCUUUGGAUGAUCCACGAUAGCGUCUUCUCAUAAUUAGGACUUCCGGAGCAUUUCAUUAAUCUGCUGCAUAUUGACAUUUAGUUUUCAGUUUUUCAACUUAUCAUGGAUGUACUAGUACAGGAGGUUUGUGUCCCUUUUGAGGAAGGAUGAGCGUUAUUGUCUCCUACACAGACCAAGAGAAUGUCUUUGACGAGUUAUUUCCAGCCUUCAGACUCCCAAAAAUAUCUUCCCGGGACAGAGGUUGGGCUGUGAAUGGAAGUGUUAGCAGGAUUUGCGCUGAUGAGGAGUUGCUGAGAUCAGGUUAGUAGUCAUCUUUUACUGCCUUUUGUAACUGUUUAGGGACAAACCACACAUGAAUAAGUGGAACAGAUUUGUCCUGUUGUAGGGUCCCAAAAAGAUAGUGCUAGUUCCUUAUCAUUGCAGUACCAUAUGCCUGAAUUGUCUGGUAGCUAUUGAAUCUUUCAGUACUGGCGGGUGCCUUUCUUUUGCCUCGCUUUCUUCAAAAACUUCAGCAGCAGUAAUGGAAUGAUUCCCAAGUCACCACUUGCUCCUAGGAUGCCCUUCAAAUUUAGGAAGAGUGGCCCCGUUUGUUCAGGAUUUUUUUCCAUCUUGGAGCACAUGGGUUGUUACCUGGGUUCAGAUUAUUAGUAUUUGUGUUCAGAUUGGUACAGAGAACAGUCCCUACUUUGCUUUUACAGCUAUUAUUGGGGAUCAUUGAUCCUAGAUAAAGCUUCCAUGUUGUAGUAUGGAGGAUUGCUGGCUUCCUCUUUUAAGUGCCUACCUGAGAGAAGCACUCCCACAGUCCCACUGUAUUGCUUUUGGGUCUAUUUUACAAGUCACAACUUGCCAACUUGAAUCUCUUGAUUUACCAUUCUUCUAGCAACCUUUUUAGGUGAAUCAUAUGCUUUGCUGCGAGGAGCUAAACAGGCAUUUUGCUGGGAGUUGAGGAAUGAUACUGUUGUAGUAAGUUAGCACAGGGAGGUAUCAGAGCAGAUAGAUUGGUUUACGUUCAACUGGGUUUAGACCAGCCAUGAGUCAGAUCGUGUUGUCUAGUUGAGUCGGGUAUACAAGCCUGUUAACACAAUGAUCCGCGACUCUGAAUUACGAGUCGGUUGAAAUUGGGUUGCUCCGCCGAGGCUGCAGAAGGAUUGCUAGGUUGUUAGUGUCGCAAUGCUUUCCCUUUUAGUUGGAUUCUGGGUUUGACUUUCAUAUUGCAAUGCAAAAUCAGCAAGCACUGAACUUUGAUGGGAAAAGUUGAAAGUGCUUAAAUUUUGCUGCUUUCCGAGAGUUGUAGACUAUCUUGUGAGUGUUGUCGGAUUUCUUUGCGGCCAAAAGAUGAUAAAUAAUGUUUACUACUAAAAUUUAUGGUUGGGAGAAAGUCGGCUGGAAUUUAUGAAAUUCAAUCCCGGCAUGUUCAGGUUAAGACUAUAAUGUGGAUCACCUGAUGACUAUUUCUAGCUAGUUACUGGUCUUGUCUUUGUGAAUGAGGUUUGCGUGCGUCCUAUCGAUCGAGUGGUCAUUCGCCCGUUGAAAUGAGAUCUAGAUAUCAAUUUUUUACUCGAGGUAUGUCAUACCUCAAGUUUAGAGGAAAUGGCCGAACAAUUCAAUUACAAAAAAAUAUAAAAAGAACAUGCUAUAUUCCAUAUACAAUCGGAUUACCGAUGAACAACCUAUUCUGCUAUUAAACGAGUAGCUCUGAUAAAGCUCAAGAGAGCUAAAUGACACGAAAAAGACCUAAAAAGUUAUAUAAACUUACAUUCGGAAGAAUUUCCGAGAAACCGACCAGCCAAACAAAGUAGUUGGAUUGGAUGUCAACCAACAUAGCACUCGUAAUCCAUAUGUCAGACUCUUUCGCCAUCGAUGAAAGUGCCCAAAACCACCCAUGAAACUUGGGACUAGAUAGUAUGACAACACUCCUUGUGUUGUUAUUACAACAACACUAGUCUCCAACCAAUAGGAAGCUAGGUUUGUGAUGACUUUUUAUUAGAUGAGUUGACCUAGUGUAAAAUCAAAGCAGAGGUAUAAUUGUCAUUAUGAAAAAUAUGUUUAAAUAAUAUUAUAAAAAAAAUAAUAAAUAUUUUUUUUAUUUUCGGCCCAAAAUUUUGGUCGCCGGAAUUCUGCCACCGGUUGUCGGAAAAUGGUCGCCGGUCACCGGAAUAUGCUUUUUGUUGCCGGAAUAUGUUAUUUUGUCAUCGGAAUAUGCCAUCGUCGCCGGAAUAUGCUCACCGCGGUCGGAAUAUGCUUACCGGCGUCGGAAUCUAGUCAUCGGGGCCGGAAUAUGCUUAUCGGCGUCGGAAUCUGCUGACUGACGGUCACCGGAGUUCGGUCAACGAACUUUGUUGACCGGUCAACGAACUUUGUUGACCGGUCAACGGUCUUCGUUGACCGGUCAACGAUCAACGACCACCGGAUGUAUGGUCUACAUUGUGAGAUUUAUGGUUUGGUUUCUCAUAUUUUCGUAUGCCUUUUGUGGUUUGCUUUAUCGUGUUUGUGGUUUGCAUUGAGAAGUUUAUGGUUUGCUUUAUCGUGUUUGUGGUUUGCAUUGAGAAGUUUCUGGUUUGCUUUCAAAAACUUUGUGGUUUGCAUUAUGAGGUUUCUGGUUUGUUUUAAUAUAUUUGUGGUCUGCAUUAGGACGUUUAUGGUUUGCUUUUUUGUGGUUUGAUUUACUGUGUUUGUGAUUUGCAUUAGGAGGUCUCUGGUGUGCUUUCGCAAAUGUUGUGGUUUGCUUUGUGAGGUUUGUGGUUUGUUUUAGGAGAUUUGUGGUAUGCAUUAUGAGGUUUCUGGUUUGCAUUAAGAAGUUUCUGGUGUGCUUUCGAAACUUUUGUGGUUUGCUUUGCGAGAUUUCUGGUUUGUUUUAAUAUAUUUGUGGUCUGCAUUAGGACGUUUUUGGUUUGCUUUACCGUGUUUGUGGUUUGCAUUAGGGGGUUUCUUGUGUGCUUUUCAAAAUAUUUAUGGUUUGGUUUGUGGGGUUUCUGAUAUGUUUUAGCGAAUUCGUGUUUUGCAUUAGGAGGUUUCCGGUAUGCUUUCGAAAUAAUUGUGGUAUGCUUUGUAAGGUUUGUUAUUCUAUCCGAUUUUUUUACUAGAUGAAUGGAAUUAGUAACAAUAAUUAGUAAUGUGUAUACUUACCAGGUUCGUAUACAUAAUAAUUACAUAGUUCUCUCUUAAUUAAUUAUGUUUUCACACAUAAUUAAUUCAUGUCUCACAUAGUUCUCUCUUAAUUAAUUAUGUUUUCACACAUAAUUAAUUCAUGUCUCUCUAAUUCAUUUGCUUGUACAGAGGUGAGGACAUGGACUGGAUCAGGAAAUUCACCACAACAGCACAAGCAGUAGCUUCCUGGAGCAGCAGGAAUCACCAUGGAAAUGUUGUACGUCGGGAAGAGCAGCCCGAAGGAGAAAGUGAGGAAGAACAACGUCGAUGGAGAUGUGCGGCCAGCAGUGAGAUUUUACCAUCUUCCAGCGUUGCAUCUCUCGAACCUCCUCUCCUUCGCUUCCACCAUCUCCUCCAGUACGAUCGAGGGUCGCAUUUGACACGCUCUCUAGAGUCAAACUCCGGUCCUUCAAAACCUACAGCAAUGCUCCGACAUUCACAGGCACCGCAUCGACUCCAUCAACCGAAAUCGACUUCUCUAAGACCUGGAUUUGGAGCUUCAGCAACUGAAUUUCGCUCAACAGGGACUCCUCGUCAAUGCAACUGCGAAUUGGAGCUCGGAAAAACCUUCGCCCUCCCUGAACCGGGUGUCACUUUCGAGACCCACGGCGGAUUCGAAGCUCUCCUCGGUUUCGGGUUCAAUUCGUGGACCAAUGAUUACAAGGUCGUGAGAGUCGUGCGGCUUCUAGAGUACGAAGAAAUCGCAAUUGAAGUCGAGGUUUUUUCACUGAACGCCGGCUCGUGGAAGACGAUUACCUCCACGGCUCCGCAGUACAACAUCGUGGAGCGCGGGUCCCAAGCCUUUGGUCAACGAGUCGGUCCACUAGGUCGCGACCCGGCCCGACAACGACGACGGUGGUGACAAGAACUUGAUUCUGGGUCUCGACCUAAAGGGGGAAGAGCGGUUCAGGGAGCUGGAGCUGCCGGAGAGCUUGAAAUUGGAGAGGUCAGAGCAGCCUAAGCAGAUCUGUAGUUGUUUCCGGCAACAGAGCGGAAGAAGGAUAUCGCCGGCGUCUGCUUGAAUCGGAAGGAGAGGGAUGGAAGGAGAUGCGACUGCGGAGAAGAUAGAUCUAUAGAAGGGAAGAUCGGAUAGAUAGGUGAUAGGAAUUUUCUAUUUAUUUUAAUUUUGAAUUUUUUUGGUUAGUUUACCCUUUUACCCUUAAUGAAUUAUGUUGUUACUAUAACAACAUUAAGAGUGUUGUUAUUCUAUCCGCACCCAUGAAACUUCCUAUGCUUCUCUUUUUUGAGGUUUUUGUCGGGGAGACAGUCUGUGACUGCGAGUAUAUAUAUAUAUAUAUGCUCAACCUAAACUAGAUACAAAAAAAUCGGUUUAUAUAUUGUCAGCUUAAUUAUAGAAGAAUGGGAACAAAUCUAAAUGAGUUGUAUGUAAUAGUGUUGCAUGUUCUUCCCAACACAGCACAAUCAUCUAAUGAAUGAUCAACUGCUGCGGAUCCAUAUGCACAAAUAUGAUUGAGCAAUUUCAUAUAAUACAUUAGCAUCCAUAUGCAAAUGACAAUCAUAGAAGAAAGAAGAUUGUGAAUAUUUUUUGAGCGUUUUGAUAUUUUAGCAAGAGAAAUAUUUUUUUACUGAUCUCAAUUAAUCAAUAUUAACACUAAUAACUCUAUUAUCUGUUUUUUUCUAUUAGUGAAAAUUGAUGAUAUUAUUUGAUAGGAUAUAAAUGCGAGUUAAUUCAGUAGAUUCUUCGCUAGCGACGAAGGUUGAUAAAUCGUUAAAUUGUUACCGUCUUCACCACUAACUUGAAAUUGUCAAUUGAGCUGAAUUGAAAAGAUUUCUAUCUAGGCUAUGGGCAUUGUCCAAUCUCGUUUAAUUUAACGUGCCGGAUAGGAGUGCCCCUUAACACCCAUUUUUCUACCAAAAAAAAGAAGAGAUUUCUACCUAGUUUUCGCCUAAUCGAAGUUUCCCAAAUGAAUGACUUUUGUCUCUUCCUUUUCAGUUGUCAGGUGCCAUAAAAUGUGCAAAGACAAAUGGCAAUGUGGGUUCCAAUAAUGUUUAUGAAGCCAUGGAAAGGUCGGCUGGCUCUGACCUGACUAGCUCUCACUUACUGACAAAUUACGACUCAAUUAGUUCUGAAUCACGACGCUAGCUGUUUAAUCAUUUCUUCUUUUUCCACCUUUAUAAUGCAUUAUUGGAGGUUAUUCAACCGGUUCUAUAAAUUUCUAACAAAUUUAUGAGAGCCGGGUGAUUUUAUUUGAACCGGCUAUUUCAUCAAUCAUGAUCAAGAAAAUUUUCCCAAAAUGGUAAACCAUGACAAUAGAAUUGUAGAGUACACAAUACUUACUCGCAUGUAAACCGCAAAUAAUCUAUACAUUUGAUAAUCGAGAGGUUUAGUGUCAAAAUCUUGAUGACCCCGAACAUGUCAUUUGGAUCUGUGCAAACUUUCAUAACUAUAUGAAUUGACUUCUGUUUGAAAGAGUUCGUUAAUAAAAUGAAUAAUGGAUGUAUAAUUAAACUUCUAUCAUGAACUCGAAUUAUCAUAAUUAACUAGAUCUUUACACAUUUAAAUUUGGAUAUUAAUUAUAUAUGUGUAUAUAAUAUCAAACUACCAACAUUUGACCCUACUCCACAUGGAGGUGGACUUUGGAGCAACAUAAUACCAUCUAGAGGUGGCAAUUGGAUCGGAUUCGUGGAUUGGAUUGGUGGAUCCAUGGAUCAAAUGGAUUGGAUCCAAUGGAUUGGUGGAUUGAUCCAUGAAUCCAAAUGACAUCCAAGGCUUGGACCAAAAUGUAAAAUUUGAAAAGUUUAGGUACUAAAAUGUCAUAAUGAAAAUUUUUAGGUGCCAAAAUGUAAUUUUCCAAUGAUUUUUUCGUAUAAAAAUAUAAAUUUUAGAUACCCAAAUGUAAAAUAUAAAAAAUAUAGGUACCAAAUCGUAAUUGCUACAUUCAUGUGUGGUUUGUAUCCUAAUUGCCACCUCUAAUACCAUCCCAUUCUUUUCCCACUAACCCUUCCUUCCCACAUUCAAUUCUUCCAUCUUUGUAAAAAUAUUAUAAUUCUUCUCCUCUCCUCUCCUCUCCUCUCCCACAUUUUGAAUGUAUUGUGUUCUACUGUUCUUGGCAGUCCUUUUUGUCGUCUUCUUGAAUUUGUUUUGAAAUAGAUUCAUUGAUCGCAUGUGUCCUUCUCCUUCUUCCUCCUUUCCCUUCUUGGCUUGGAGUUACCCAUACCAACUCUUAAAGUUGCAACCUAGCUACAUUAUCCUGUGAAACUAAAUGCAUGGACAUAUAGUUGGAUAUACCACCCAACUACCUAGGUGAUUAUAACGUUGUACAAGGAAAGGUUGCACAUUCUAUAUUCUCGUUUCUUCAUUGUGGGUUCACCAAGGAUUGAAAAUUCAUACCGUAUUUGCCGUCCGACCGAGAAAAAUUCCUAUCGAAAGUUAAAUCGGUAGGCGAUUUUUAGCAGUAUCAGGUAUGAAGCGAUUGAAUCAUGAUUAAACCACGAUUUCAGACAUAAAAUAUCUUACAACUGACUUUCCAAUACGACCUCCGAUACAAUUUUACAAUCCUUGGAGUUUGCAAUAAUUUGGUUGUAGUAUUAGCGAAUCUUGAUUCAAAUUAAAUCAUUCCAAUUAUUGAACUCACCUUAUUCAGUCAUUAUAGGGUUCCAACACAACACCUUUUGGUUAGAGGCUUUGAUCUCAUAUCCAACUUCAUCACAGUAAUUCUGAGUUCUUGGAGGACUCAAUGUUUAAAUCUUAAUGCAUGUGAGUCCCCAAAUUAAACGAAAGGUGCAAAAAAUGGUGUAUAUAUCUACACAUUCAUAUUCUGAUGGAUACUUCUUUAUUGAAAAGUUCACUGAAAAUUUAUCGUGUUGAUUAGAAACACAAAGUUUAACAUCAACACCUUAAACCAACGCAUUUACAAACCAUUACACCACAACUUAUUGUCAGAAAACAUCGACAUAUCAGAAAUCAAUCCGAGCAUUUCAAUCCACUCUUACUUGCAUCUUGCCUCUGAACUGUUGGAGAUGGUGUGCCAAGCAUAUGUUGGAGUGAUGGAGGCAAUGAUCGUUCAGGAAUCCAAAUUAUGGAGCAAAGUCUCUGGACAAUAACAUGGCCAUUCCAAAGAGUUAUGGCUCAAAUGUUGAAUACUUGAGCGAUGUGGGUCUUCAUGCUUAAUUCAUAUUCAUGCUUAAUUAAUUAUUAGAGAAUGACAUAAUAUUAAAUCUGAGGUUUUUUA